AUGGACUUCGUGGACAUCGUUGCGUUAGUCGCCACAGUAUCUACGAUUGGCAUGUUUCUCGUUGGGAUCUGCUACUUCUGGCUGCAGUAUGGCUUUUUGAAGCAGGAUCGCACGAUUAUUCUUGUCAACACUAUCGGACUGGUGCUUCAGCUUUUAUAUACUCUAAUUUUUUAUCUGUACGCCAACUCUAAGCGGCAGAUUACCACGCUGAUUUUCAUAUCAGCUGUUGCAUGCUCCUGCUUAUCCGUCUAUUUGCGAUAUAUGAGUCGCGACUUGGAAACGGUCACCUCACAGCUUGGAAUGAUGUGUCUCCUGCUGAAUAUUCUGAACUUUGCUGCCCCGUUUGCUGUCUUGGUACGCAUUCACAUUGACUGCCCGUUUAAUUUUCCAACCGCCUUAUGUCACUGUAUAAAUUCAGUGCUAUUUACUGAUAAAAGUGCCUGUUGGUCCGUCAGUUUUUAUGAAUUUCAGUGUGAAUAUAAACUUUGUUUGCACUUCAUCACUGUUCCCGUAAAGGCUUUGUUAUCAUUGUAAGC